UGCAAGGUGAAAUUCCGGCUUCGACCCCCCGCGCGGUGGAUUGGAUAACGCGGGACAGAAAGAUGGCGGCUUCCGCUCUCCAUCUCCGCCUCCUCCCCUCGCCGCCAGCCGGUGUGAAGCUCCAGCAGCGGCGCCUCCGCUCGAGAAUACUGAGGCAGGGUGGUCUGUCUCGUAGAUAUUCAAAAGUAGUGUGCUAUUACGGGCUCACAACUCCACCAUAUAAACUGGAUGCUUUGGAACCUUAUAUGAGCAGGAGGACAGUUGAACUUCACUGGGGUAAGCACCAUCAUGAUUAUGUGGAGGGAUUAAAUAAGCAGCUUGCUACCAGCCCACUGUAUGGAUACACUCUGGAGGAGCUGAUAAAAGAAGCGUACAACAAUGGCAAUCCAUUACCAGAGUAUAACAAUGCAGCACAGGUCUGGAACCAUCACUUCUUCUGGGAAUCAAUGCAACCAGAAGGCGGUGGCUUACCUGAGGGAGGUGUGUUGCAGCAGAUUGAAAAGGAUUUUGGCUCGUUUACCAAUUUCAGGGAAGAAUUUAUUCGCUCAGCCUUACAACUUUUGGGGUCUGGUUGGGUUUGGCUUGUCUUGAAGAGAAAUGAGAGAAAGCUUUCAGUAGUUCAUACACGAAAUGCUAUCUCCCCACUUGCUUUUGGUGAUAUUCCAAUUAUCAGCCUAGAUUUAUGGGAGCAUGCUUACUACUUAGACUACAAGGAUGAUAUGCUAACAUAUGUUACAAACUUUAUGGACCAUCUCAUCUCUUGGGACACUGUCACUCUGCGCAUGAUGCGUGCUGAGUCGUUUGUGAACCUUAAUGAGCCAAAUAUUCCAGUGGCAUGAGAUACAGAUCACCCUGGUUAUCAGGUAUCCUGUGAGCUAGACGUCGGGUCAAAUCCUGCUGGAAGAAGCAGAGAGUUGCAAAAGACUGCAUAAGAGAUGCUUAUCUCUCUAUUGCCAUCUACAUGGUGAACUUAAAGAUAAGCUGCUGAGUUUGCACCAUUUCCAUUGGCUAUUGCUACAAGUUAGCAUCUAGUUUCAAGAUAUGCAACAAAGCAGCUUUAGACACCUGGGAGCACGUAGAUUAUGAUGUCCAACUUGGGCUUUGAAGCCAUGGCACUUUCUCUAGGCAGCCAUGCUUCAUUACGAGCGCCCAUAGUGUUGUUAGAAUAGAUUAAGAUCUCAAGUUUUCAUGACUUAAUCAUGCCAGCGUCUUGUUGUAGUGGAAUGGAACCGUAUUCUUGUUUUACUGGUUGAGGAAUCCUAAUAAUUUUGGAUUGUAGAUUGUAGGGAAAUCAUGUGCGUGUCAAACACUGCAAGUGUGAGUUUUAGCCAGAAAGAAAUUAGAGUUUGCGGAUUGGAAUGCAA